UUAUAAAUGUCUAAAAACAAAUCCGAGUGCAUCCAAGUUGUCAUUCGUUGUAGGCCGCUGAGCAAGAAAGAGCGUGAAAAUGGUAACGAGAAGGUAGUCCAGAUGUAUUCUCGUGAAGACAAAGGAGAAAUCAUGGUUGGAAGAGAGGGAGAUGAAGAGCCUCCAAAGCAAUUUACUUUCGAUAAGGUCUUUGAUGAAGCUAUUGGUCAAGAACAACUGUUUGAAGAAUCAUCCAGAGCUAUUGUAGGUAACGUUCUUGAAGGUUAUAAUGGAACUAUUUUUGCUUACGGUCAGACAGGAACUGGAAAGACUCAUACUAUGGAAGGAGAGCAAAAACCUAAAGAGAUGAGAGGAGUGAUGUCUAGAUGCUUUGAAGCUGUCUUCAAUUGUAUCGAUGCUCAUAAAGAUGCCCAGUUUUUGGUCAGAGCUAGUUAUUUGGAGAUUUAUAAGGAAAAUAUUAGAGAUCUUUUGUCCCCAAACCCUAAAAAUAAACUAAUCAUGCAUGAGAAGCCAGAUUCUGGAGUUUAUGUGAAAGAUUUGUCCUCUUUCAUUUGUAAGAAUUAUCAAGAAAUGCAAGCUGUUCAAAAUACUGGAAGGAAGAACAAAUCUAUGGGUGAAACUAAGAUGAAUGCUAGAUCAUCAAGAUCUCACUCUGUAUUUACGCUUACACUUGAGUGCUCCGAGCUAGGUCCUGAUGGAAAAGAUCAUAUUAGAGUUGGAAAACUUAACAUGGUCGAUCUUGCAGGAAGUGAAAGACAGUCAAAAACAGAUGCUUCUGGUCAGAGGUUGGAGGAAGCCAUUAAGAUCAAUCUGUCACUAACCUGCUUAUGUCAAGUAAUCAGUGCCUUAACCGAUACAAAAUCUUCUUACGUACCAUACAGAGACUCUCAGUUGACCAGACUUCUCCAAGACUCUCUAGGAGGAAACACAAAGACUGUCAUGAUUGCCAAUAUCGGUCCAGCUGAUUAUAACACUGAUGAGACUAUUAACACCUUGAGAUGGGCUUCUCGUGCUAAAAAUAUCAAAAACAAGCCAAGAAUCAAUGAAGAUCCCAAAGAUGCAAUGCUGAGAGAAUUCCAGGAUGAGAUCCAUAAACUCCGUGCCCAACUCGAAAUGAUCCAGGAUGGUAAAGACCCAGGCGUCACAAUGGCAGCCUUGGGCGGCCAACAAAUCGUUGAAAAGGUUAUCAAAAAGAAGGACGAAAAGAAGCUAAAAGAACUUGAAGAAAAGCUCAUCAUCGAAAAAGAGCAAAUCAAGAAGAAAGCCGACGAAGAACGCCAACGGAUCGAGCAAGAAAUGAACAUGGCCGAUGACGAAAAGAAACAAGUCCUGGACAAACUCCGCCAACAGGAAGAAGAAAAAGAGAAGAGCAAGACUAAGCAGCAAGAACUUAUCAAGAAGCUUAAGAAAAUGGAAGAGAAGGUCCUGGUCGGUUCUGAAGUAAUGAAGGAAGCUAAGAAACAAGAGAAAGAGCUUAAGCACACUAGGAAAAUAUUGGAGAAAGAGAAUAAGAGGAGAGAACGACUGGAGGAUAAGAAGCAAAUGGCUGAUGAUGAAUUGUUGAAGUUUAAUAAGAAGUUUGGCAAUUUGCAGGAGGAAUUGGAUUAUGUAACGGGAAAGCUUCAAAAGGUCUGGCAGAAAUACCAAGGAGUUCAAAAUGAAAUUCAGGAACAACAAGAAGAGUUCUUACGAGAUAGGCAAGACAUGUACGACACUAUUUUUGAGCUGGAUACUCAACUCAAGUUAAAGACUUCAAUUAUCGAGAACUUCAUCCCUGAUGACGAGGUGAAGAAGGUUACAGAUAAUUCCAAGUGGAAUGAAGAGCUAAACGACUGGGUCUUGAAACCACCAAAGAGGUUCCAGAAGAAGAAAGGAGGAAACAGACCUGUAUCAGCAGUCGGUAUGAAAAGACCUACUUCUGAGUACAGUAGAAUUGCUAAGGGUCUUGGAGACGUUAAUCCUAGGUUCAAGUUCGAGAACAUCCUAGAUCUUGAUCUUGAUAUGCCUGAAAGAACCACUGAGGAUUACCAAGGCCAGGUUUCAGAGAGAGUCUCUACUGCUAUUAAUAUGAUUCUUAACCAAAAUGAGGAAGAACAGACUGCAAGCGUUCCGAUAGAGAAUUUGAUUAAUUUUAGUGAUUCUAUUCUCCAAGAGAAGCCUGUCACUGAGAAAGCUGCUAGACCUAAAUCUGCUAAGAGGCUUAAAUCUGCCAAGAAGAAGGCAUCAACUCUGCAGCAACUACCAGAUGAUACUCAAGAGACAGAGACAAAGGCAAGCCAUGAUACCACCAACCCUGAAGAUAUCCCAAGAGCCAAGGGAUUGAUGUAGACCAUGAAAUAUUUGUUGAAAGAUCUAUCAGAAGAGAAGUUUGGU